CAUCACUGUUAAGGCCGACGACGCCGUCCCGGAAGGAGUCCCGUACGCGGUAGUGUUUCCGGUUACAAGGUGGUAGCCUGAGCAGUUUGGUGAGAUUUCCCCUACUUUUCUCUAUCCCUGGUGGUGUUGUGUGGCUUAGUUUUGUUUCGUUAGGUUUAGUUUUGGUUUAACCUGGAUGUGACGCAUUAGAGGACCCUACAGAAACAGGUCUCAAAGCGUUCUAAAAUGGCGAACCGUACGGUGAAAGAUGCACACAGCAUCCACGGCACCAACCCUCAGUAUCUGGUGGAGAAGAUUAUUCGGACGCGAAUUUAUGAGUCCAAGUACUGGAAAGAAGAGUGCUUUGGGCUUACAGCUGAACUUGUAGUUGAUAAAGCCAUGGAGUUAAGGUUUGUUGGUGGUGUCUAUGGUGCCAACAUAAAACCAAUGCCCUUUCUGUGUUUAACAUUGAAGAUGCUUCAGAUUCAACCAGAAAAGGAUAUAAUUGUGGAGUUUAUAAAAAAUGAAGAUUUUAAGUAUGUCCGCAUGUUGGGGGCACUUUAUAUGAGGCUGACUGGCACUGCAAUUGAUUGUUACAAGUACUUAGAACCCUUAUAUAACGACUAUAGAAAGAUCAAGAGCCAGAACCGAAAUGGGGAGUUUGAACUGAUGCAUGUAGAUGAAUUUAUUGAUGAAUUACUGCAUAGUGAGAGAGUCUGUGAUAUUAUUCUGCCCCGGUUACAGAAACGCUAUGUGCUUGAGGAAGCUGAGCAACUGGAGCCUCGAGUAAGUGCUCUAGAAGAAGACAUGGAUGAUGUGGAGUCCAGUGAAGAAGAGGAAGAGGAGGAUGAGAAGGUCAGGCAAAUAGCAUCACCUGACCAUCGCCGGAGAAGCUACCGAGACUUGGAUAAGCCCCGCCGUUCUCCCACGCUACGCUAUAGGAGAAGUAGAAGCCGGUCUCCCAGAAGGCGGAGCCGAUCUCCCAAAAGGAGAAGUCCCUCACCUCGCCGAGAAAGACAUCGGAGCAAGAGUCCAAGACGUCACCGCAGCAGGUCCCGAGAUCGACGGCACAGAUCCCGCUCCAAAUCCCCAGGUCAUCACCGUAGUCACAGACACAGAAGCCACUCAAAGUCUCCUGAAAGGUCUAGGAAAGGCCACAAGAAGAGCCGGAGGGGGAAUGAAUAAUGGACUCAAUUUGAUUUUAGCCCAAAUGAUGUCCAAUGAAUAUGAGGGUAACUGUCUAUAUAGAAUUAAGAUCUACUCAGGCAGCUAUAUUUUGAUUUUUCAUAUCGUUUCUCCACUUUCAUUUUAAAUGAAAGAGGUGCCGAGUUUUGUAUCUCUUUUUGAAUUAUAGUCAACACUUUUGAAGGAUCAUGAAAUUUCCUAAGGUCAUUUUUGACCCAACCAACCUUGACUGUAUUCAAACUUAGGAGGGUAGGAAGUUGGGGGUGGGGGGCAAGGAAACAUGAAUAACAGGGAAAGGAUGUCACUGUAUGUUGACCCUUUCCAUUUUUGCUAUUAAACCUGACAAACCUAUUUCUCGUU